AUGAUUGUUUUAUUUUCGGGAAAGCGGAAAUCGGGGAAGGAUUUUGUUGCAGAAAAGCUUCAGGCUCUCAACCCUUUUUCUCGGCCAAUGAGAAUCAUCAGACUUUCUGCACCUUUGAAAAAAGCAUACGCAUCAGAGCAUCCUGGAGUUGACUAUCAACAACUUCUGACUAGUGGGGAGUACAAGGAAAAGUACAGAGCAGAUAUGGUUCGCUGGGGUGAAGCAAAGCGAAAUUCUGACCCGAAUUAUUUUGUGAAACUUUCUUUUGCUGACUUGGAUGUUCAUUUAAAAAGCUCGUUGGUGGUUGUCUCCGAUUGUAGGAGAAAAACGGACAUUGAAAGCAUCAAGAAGCUGUUUGAUGAUCCAGGCUAUCACAACCAACUGGCGAUAGUUACAGUCAGAAUCGAAGCCACCCGGGAGGCCCGAGAGUCACGCGGGUUCACCUUUACUGCUGGUAUCGACGAUUGCGAGACAGAAUGUGGCCUGGACGAUUACACCCACGAUUUUAUCUUCAAAAAUGACUCCGGCGGCGAUAUUUUACCGUUGAUCGAUUUUCUCGACGCCCGACUCGAAGCACCAUAA